UGACUUACUUCCUCCAUGUGGGUCAGAGAGACUCGGAGACACAUGGUGGAGAUUGAAAAGCUGGACUACCACCACUACCUGCCUCUGUUCUUUGAUGGCUUAUGUGAGACUGUUCAUCCGUACGAGUUCUUCGCCCGCCAGGGAGUCCAUGACAUGCUGGAGCACGGAGGCCCCAAGAUCCAGCCUGUCAUUCCCCAGCUCAUCAUCCCCAUCAAGAAUGCCCUGAACACGAGGAACCGUCAGGUGAUCUGCACCACCCUGAAAGUUCUGCAGCAUCUGGUGAUGUCUGGGGACAUGGUGGGAGAGGCUCUGGUGCCCUACUAUAGACAGAUCCUCCCUAUUCUCAACAUCUUCAAGAACAUGAACAUCAACUCCGGAGAUGGCAUCGACUACAGCCAGCAGAAAAGGGAGAACAUCGGUGACCUGAUCCAGGAGACUCUGGAGGUGUUUGAGCGCUAUGGAGGAGAGGACGCCUUCAUAAACAUCAAAUACAUGGUGCCCACUUACGAGUCCUGUAUGAUCAGCUGAGGGGGGGGGGGAACUCUCCUUCUUCUGUACUGUUGUGCUCCAAUUUGCCGAGCUCAAACCUUCUAGCCCCUCUGCUCCCUAGCAUAUCCUUAAAACGGCCAUUAAAUUUGUAACAACAAGUCAUGUGACCGUAUCCGUUUAUGUAUCACUUUAACUUGUUAAAAGCAAUAGAAGCUUGACAGAACUAAUUUGCCUUAUUAAAAUAUACCAGUAUGUUUAA